AUGUCUGAGCACUACUUGGAAAACCAUUCCAGAAAACAAAUGCUAAAGCUCGGCAAACAUUUUACCAGCACUGAGGCAGGGACUUUCACAUGCGAUGAAUGUGGUGAAGUGGUGAAAAACCAUUACCAAGGAAAGCUUCAGAUGAAGCGGAAACAUCCAGAAUUGAAGAAAGGCAAAGACAUUGAGACAGAAUGCCUCUGGUGCGGUCAGGUGUACAAGAGUGCGGGGCUUUGUCAGGUACAUUCCAGGAGCUGCGAGUUGAAUUCAAAAUUCAGCUGUCAGAUCUGUAAAGAGAGAUUCACUACCACCGGCGACUUACAAAAUCACUUACUGGCCCAUUCCAACAUGGAGAUCAUGGCCUGUACGAUAUGCUGCAAGGCGUUCACAAAUGUGCAGUACCUCCAGCGGCAUAUGCUUACUCAUAACACAGCAAGGAACGUGCAAUGCGAGCAUUGUCGGAAGGGAAUGGUGAGUGAAAGGGCCCUUGCAAACCAUCUGGUACAUUGCACGGGGGAAAGAGUGGUGCCUUGUCCACACUGCAACGUGAAGUUCAAGACCAGGCAGGCACUGAGGCACCACAUGACCGUGCAUUCCGAUGAUCCUCCGUAUGUCUGUGAUGUUUGUGGGUUCGCAGUGAAGAAAGCCCAGUACCUGAAGCGUCACAUACGCUGCCAUACAGGAGAGAGGCCUUGCUGA